AGCCUCAGGGCAGAGCACAGUGCGUUGUGCAACACUCACCCCACGCCCUCAAGACAAAUCGCAUCAUCGCGUUUUUUUACCUCAAUAAUGGACGAGAUCCAACGAUGUCUCGUGUUUGCGAGCGGUUGUCAAAGCUCGGGCAAAGCUGGGGCUGCUAAUGAUGGUCUUAGAGUUAACGCAGUGACCCGAGCGUAGAGACCCAGUGGUAGAGAGCGAGCAUCAUCGACUUGGACCUCGGUCCCGUCCUCCAGAAUCCAGGGUGCCCAUCAAGGAAUGUCCUAUGACUGUAAAGCAUCCACUUACAUCAUUUCCCGACUGCAGGGACUAGGGAUAGGUAGACUCCGUAGACUGUUGAACGGGGCGCCGAGGAAAGGAGAAGAGAGCCGGAACCGGACGCUCAGAGGGUACUCGAAGCAAGUCAGGGUUUCUUGAUGAAAAAGAGGAUACAACCUUCUUCUACCCUCUCAAAUCUGAAAACCCUGCCAUGCGAGGUUAUCCAUACCAACUACGGCCUUCGACCGAUGGCUCGCCGCACUCCCAUCAUCGCAGGGCUGAUCGCCUCUCUCACCGCGGUUGCUGCUACAUGCACCCCGAACGCUUCGGGUAUCACGACCGGCAAACUCGUGAAUGAAACAGUCAGUGGUGGCCGAAGCUGCCUACUUUUUGUGCCUACCUCAUACAUCACACGCACAUCACCGGCGCCCCUCAUCCUGUCGUACCAUGGCGGCAACCGAAACGCCUCGCAACAGGCCGACUUGACUUACUCACGUCCCCCUACUUCAACACGGAACCAAAAUCUCCGUCAGGACCGCUGGCAAGGCGUCCCUGACGUGACCACAAACGACACGGCCUUCACCAGUGAGAUUCUCGAUGCCCUGGGGUUGAGGCUUCGCCUCAACAGUAGCCACGUCUUUGCCACAGGCAAACGCGACGGGGCCGGCUUCCGGCGGAUCGCUGUCUUUGCGCCCAUGUCGGGCGCCUUCUACGCCCCCGACAACACUGACGACGGCGCCCAGUGCGACCCUUACACCGUGGUCAACACCUGCAACGCGAGUAGGGCUGACAUCUCCAUGAUUGAGUUCCACGGCGGAAACGACACGAUCAUCCCGUACUAGGGCGGCGGUCGAAGGCGGUUUUGUCUCCCGUAUAUUCCGCAUUUGGUGCAGCUGUGGGCAGAGAGAGAUGGGCUGGGGGAGACCAACUUGAGCUUUUCUCUCACGGCCGACGCGGCCGUGUGUGUCAGUUCGGGACGGGCCCGAACUUGGGGCUCGUCACGCAUGUGUUUGAUGGGUGCAAGAUCGGGCAUAGCUGGCCGGCAACCAUUUGGGAUGACGAUAAUAAGCACAACGGCGAUGGGCCGGCUUCAUUCAAUGCGUCGAGCGUCAUACUCGAUUUCUUCCUGAAAUGGUAACCAGAGAGUAGAACGGUGGGAAAAGUCAGCUCUCG